AUGGCCAAGCGCACGAAGGCGCUCGUCUCAUGGCUAACAACCGCACAGAAGGUCGGAGUUACCGGCAAGUACGGUACCAGAUACGGUGCUUCCCUGCGUAAGCAGGUCAAGAAGAUGGAAGUGUCCCAGCACGCCAAGUACACCUGCACCUUCUGCGGCAAGCCUACCGUCAAGCGCCACUCCACUGGUAUCUGGAACUGCAAGGCCUGCAAGAAGACCGUUGCCGGCGGUGCUUACACUGUUGCCACCCCUGCUGCUGCUGCCAUGCGCUCGACUCUCCGUCGUCUGAGGGAAAUCGCUGAGGUUUAA